AAUCGUUUUAAUAUCAGCAGCGAUUAAGUUUUAGUGCUAAAUAUAUUUUUUAAAAUGGCUCUAUCAAAACCUAUUAUGAAUUUAGUUGCAUCUUAUUUACAAAACUUGUACUUGCACCCAAUAAAAACAAAAUCGAUAUCAAGUUGUGUUGUUGGCUGCGCAGGCAGCAUUGCAUCACAAGUUGUUGCAGGUGAACGGAUAAAGCUGGACCCAAUCUUUGCAUUUGGACUUUAUGGGUUAAUAUUUGGUGGAACCAUUCCUCACUAUUUUUAUGAGCUCAUAGAAAGAUUGUUUCCUCAUGAAGCAACUGCCUUUCCUCUUGCAAAAAAGCUUAUAUUUGAAAGGCUAGUUAUUGCACCACUCAUGCAAGCUUUUUCUCUAUACACCCUUGCAAGAUUUGAAGGAAAGAAUCACAAAGCAGCAUCAAAACAGUUGCAUUCACUAUACUUGACUGUAUUAGAAGCAAACUGGAAAUGGUUAACACUUUUCCAAGUUAUAAAUUUGGCCUUUGUACCCCCAAUGCUCAGAGUACUAUUUAUGAACAUAGUUGGAUUUGGUUGGGCAAUGUUCAUAGCUUCAAAACGUAGACAGACUCAGAAAAAGGAAUCCUCAUAAAUAUGCAUAUCUAAUAAUUGGUGUUGGUAUUAACGGUGCUGAAUUAUCCAUAUCUGGUUGAUUUGAUAAGAUAUUAACACCACUUGUACUCUACAUUACAGGGGUUAAUAACUAUUACAUAUGUGAUGAAUGUGAUACUCUAUAGUCUUAUGUAAGCAUUCUAAAUUAAUUUAAUAUUUGUUAGUAAAAAGCAUUUUUGGAAUAAAUUAUUUUAUUACUCACAAAUAGUGUAAUUUGUAUUUCAAAUUAUCUAUUUUGAUGUUGGGGCUCAAUGGUUAAAUAAUAUUAUACAACUUUGUAACUUUAUGUGCAUUUUAUAAGUUCAUAAUAAAAUUAAUUUUAGUCA